GAAUUGGCGCCGUUCGACAUCAGGCGGGUCCGCUCUGCAGCACGAACCCACCUCCAGCCGCAGCCGCCGCCGCAGCCGCCGCCCGGGCCGAGAAGCAGCCGCAGCAGCCGCCACCAGUGGCCGUGUGAGCGGAGCCGAGUUUGAGCCAGCACCUAGCGGUGAAUCGGGGUCCUCACGAUGAGUUCCUCGCCUGUUAAUGUAAAAAAGCUGAAGGUGUCGGAGUUGAAAGAGGAGCUCAAGAAGCGGCGCCUUUCCGACAAGGGCCUCAAGGCCGAACUCAUGGAGCGACUCCAGGCCGCGCUGGACGACGAGGAGGCCGGGGGCCGCCCCGCCGUGGAGCCCGGGAACGGCAGCCUAGACCUGGGCGGGGAUUCCGCCGGGCGCUCCGGAGCAGGCCUCGAGCAAGAGGCCGCCACCGCCGGCGACGAAGAGGAGGAGGAGGAGGAAGAGGAGGAGGAAGGGAUCGCCGCCCUGGAUGGCGACCAGAUGGAGCUAGGGGAGGAGAACGGGGCCGCGGGGGCGGCCGACUCGGGCCCGAUGGAGGAGGAGGAGGCUGCCUCGGAAGACGAGAACGGCGACGAUCAGGGUUUCCAGGAAGGGGAGGAUGAGCUCGGAGACGAGGAGGAAGCCGCGGGCGACGAAAACGGGCACGGGGAGCAGCAGCCUCAACCGCCGGCGACGCCGCAGCAACAGCCCCAACAGCAGCGCGGGGCCGCCAAGGAGGCCGCGGGGAAGAGCAGCGGCCCCACCUCGCUGUUCGCGGUGACGGUGGCGCCGCCCGGGUCGAGGCAGGGCCAGCAACAGGCGGGAGGUAAGAAGAAGGCGGAAGGCGGCGGAGGCGGCGGUCGCCCCGGGGCUCCGGCGGCGGGAGACGGCAAAACAGAACAGAAAGGCGGAGAUAAAAAGAGAGGUGUUAAAAGACCUCGAGAAGAUCAUGGUCGUGGAUAUUUUGAGUACAUUGAAGAGAACAAAUACAGCAGAGCCAAAUCUCCUCAGCCCCCUGUUGAAGAAGAAGAUGAACACUUUGAUGAUACAGUGGUUUGUCUUGAUACUUAUAAUUGUGAUCUGCAUUUUAAAAUAUCACGAGAUCGCCUCAGUGCUUCUUCCCUUACUAUGGAGAGUUUUGCUUUUCUCUGGGCUGGAGGAAGGGCAUCUUACGGUGUUUCAAAAGGCAAAGUCUGUUUUGAGAUGAAGGUUACAGAGAAAAUCCCAGUAAGGCAUUUAUAUACAAAAGAUAUUGACAUACAUGAAGUUCGGAUUGGCUGGUCACUAACCACAAGUGGAAUGUUACUUGGUGAAGAAGAAUUUUCUUACGGGUAUUCUUUAAAAGGAAUAAAAACAUGCAACUGUGAGACUGAAGAUUAUGGAGAGAAGUUUGAUGAAAAUGAUGUGAUUACAUGUUUUGCUAACUUUGAAAGUGAUGAAGUGGAACUCUCCUAUGCUAAGAAUGGACAAGAUCUUGGUGUUGCCUUCAAGAUCAGUAAGGAAGUUCUUGCUGGACGACCACUCUUCCCGCAUGUUCUCUGCCACAACUGUGCAGUUGAAUUUAAUUUUGGUCAGAAGGAAAAGCCAUAUUUCCCAAUACCUGAAGACUAUACUUUUAUCCAGAAUGUCCCCUUAGAGGAUCGAGUCAGAGGACCAAAGGGGCCUGAAGAGAAGAAAGAUUGUGAAGUUGUAAUGAUGAUUGGCUUGCCAGGAGCCGGAAAAACUACCUGGGUUACUAAACACGCAGCAGAAAAUCCUGGUAAAUACAACAUUCUUGGGACGAACACCAUUAUGGAUAAAAUGAUGGUGGCAGGUUUUAAGAAGCAAAUGGCAGAUACUGGAAAACUGAACACACUGUUGCAGAGAGCCCCACAGUGUCUUGGGAAGUUUAUUGAGAUCGCCGCCCGUAAGAAGCGAAAUUUCAUUCUGGAUCAGACAAACGUGUCUGCUGCUGCCCAGAGGAGAAAAAUGUGCCUGUUUGCAGGCUUCCAACGAAAAGCUGUUGUAGUUUGCCCAAAAGAUGAAGACUAUAAGCAAAGAACACAGAAGAAAGCAGAAGUAGAAGGAAAAGACCUUCCAGAACAUGCGGUUCUCAAAAUGAAAGGAAACUUUACGCUGCCAGAAGUAGCUGAGUGUUUUGAUGAAAUAACCUAUGUUGAACUUCAGAAAGAGGAAGCCCAAAAACUUUUGGAACAAUAUAAGGAAGAAAGCAAAAAGGCUCUUCCACCAGAAAAGAAACAAAAUACUGGCUCAAAGAAGAGCAAUAAAAAUAAGAGUGGCAAGAACCAGUUUAACAGAGGUGGUGGCCAUAGAGGACGUGGAGGAUUCAAUAUGAGAGGUGGAAAUUUCAGAGGCGGAGCUCCUGGGAAUCGUGGUGGCUAUAAUAGGAGGGGCAAUAUGCCACAGCGAGGUGGUGGCGGUGGCGGAAGUGGUGGAAUCGGCUAUCCAUACCCUCGGGGCCCUGUUUUCCCCAGCCGAGGUGGUUUUUCAAACAGAGGGAACUACAACAGAGGUGGAAUGCCCAACAGAGGGAACUACAACCAGAACUUCAGAGGACGAGGAAACAAUCGUGGCUACAAAAAUCAAUCUCAGGGCUACAACCAGUGGCAGCAGGGUCAAUUCUGGGGUCAGAAGCCAUGGAGUCAGCAUUAUCACCAAGGAUAUUAUUGAAUACCCAAAUAAAACGAACUGAUACAUAUUUCUCCAAAACCUUCACAAGAAGUCGACUGUUUUCUUUAGUAGGCUAACUUUUUAAACAUUCCACAAGAGGAAGUGCCUGCGGGUUCCUUUUUUAGAAGCUUUGUGGGUUGAUUUUUUUUUUUUUCCUUUUCUUUUUUGUACAUUUUUAAUUGCAGUUUUAAAGUGAAUCGUAAGAGAACCUCAGCAUUGUGCACGAUAAGAGAAUGUGUCAGUAUUUCAGGGUUCUACAUUUUAUCUGUAAAAUGUGACUUUUUUUUUUUUAUCACAACAAAAGUAAAAUGUUGCUUUGUACCUGGUGUCUUUUAUUAAGAAUUUACUCCCCCCAUUUCUCACAGAGAAUAACAGUCGGGAGUCAUUGUCACAAUAUAAUAGAAAUGUUAGCAACCAGAUUCAUGUAUGGACUAAGUGGUCCUCAUGAAUUGCACAAGACUCUGUACUGCUCAUAUUACACUCCAUCCUCUCUGUAGUUUGGUGGGUAGUUUGGAAAGGGGGUAAGCUAAACAAUUAGUUACUGACGAUAACUGGGAAGACUUUUUUUUCCAAAUAACAAUGGAAUUGGCAUAAUUGGGACUGAAGAUAAAACUUGGAACCAAGAUAGAGAAGAUGGAGUGUAUGUAGAGGGGCUGUUAAAAAAUGUAAAACUUGGUUGCAUUACUUGUGGAGGCUCAAACUUGUGAAGGUUAAAUACCAUAAUUUUUCCAUUUGUUCUGCAUUUUGAUUCUGAAAAGAAAGCUGGCUUUGCCCAUUUCUUAUUAAAAAAACUUGUUGUAAAUCCAGUUGUCUAAUGGGAUCUAUAUGAAGUUAGCUAUGUCUGUAUGCCCUUCUCCCACAAAAUAUUGUAUAACUAGUGUGCUUGUAGUAGUUAACUCCACCAUCUUUGUAAGCUAAUGAAAUUGUGAGUCACCCAUUUAUAUCUUAAUUUUUAAUCAUGUCAGUUCUUGAAUGGGUAUCUCCUUAGCCUGCUGAUUUCUUUUUCUUUCUAAAGAAAGUGGGUGGAGAAAUUAAUUUAGACGUUUGUUUGCAAUAAAAUGAAUUCAUUUUACUCUUGUUUUGGGAUUCUCGCCAUCAAGGUUCAAAAUCCCUUUAAAACUCCCAAGAGGAGAAAUUAUGUAAGUGUGUGCAUUCUGGACAGCUUAUUCUUUACUCUGUACUCGGAACAUUUAGGUUUUAAAAACUUAAAUGUAUACUGACAACUGAUUUUAAUUAUGAAGUAAAGUUGAAUUCUUCCCUUCCCCUCCCCCCCAGAUGACUUAACAUUUAACGAGGGGAAAAGGUACUGGCUGGGAGAAGUUAACACUCAGUUUAUCGUCUUUACCAAAUGCUAAUAAUGGCUGUCCUCAACUGAUUAUAUACAUAUAUAUAUAUAUAAAUACAUGAAACUUUGGGAAUAGAUGCUUUUAGAAGCCAUCAUGCAAGCCAGUCAUUGAUUUCACUACUACACAACACUGCUAACUUAACUGUAGCUAUGUAAUAACAUUAGAUCCCCUAAUUGUAAUUUUAUUGGGUUUGCACAGAACACUUAAAUCUUCUAAAAGGCCCCUCACUGAAGUGAGGAAUCAGGAGUCAAACUGUAGAACUAAAAUUUGACUUCAGUUUAGUUUCUGUUUGUGCUUUUAGGUUGUUUUUGGUAAGUUUAGGUUUGCUAUGUUUCUGAUGGCUUAGGAUUUUUGUUUUAACCAUUUUAAAUCAGUUUUUUUUUUUUUUUUUAACUUGAAUUCAUACUCCUAGGAAUUUUCUUGCUAUAAGCUGGAGUUAAGUUUUAGAUGGCAAUGGGUGAUGGUUCAGUUGAAAAGUUUUGAAGCGAAGGCUAGUUCUAUAAUUAACACAGGAAUACUUAAACAGCAUAAGGUAGUGUUUCAAGAGUUUUUGUCUCCAUUUUUAGCAAUUUAAUGCUAGCAGCCACUGGCAUGGGGUGCUUUUGUCAUUGUGCAUUAUUAUUAGGAUUGCAUAAACUGACCCAGGAAGAAAAAACCAAACUAAACUUUGACACUAACUUCAGGUUUCCUAAAGUUUUCAUUUGCUGUACCUUCUAGUCUAAAAUAUCUUGUUAAGGAGUUCAUACUUUUUAAUGAAAGUAAUGGCCAAGUGACUAAUGUAGGUAGACUAUCAUGCAUGUACAGCCUGGAAAACUUUGGGAGGAGAGACUGGAUAAAUGGAAAUGCUCUCCAGAAAAAUGUUUAAAAUUUUUUGAGGAAAGGUCUCAAUUAAUAUUGUCUACGUGGGUACAGAAAGAAAUAAUGUUAGAAAAGUUUAAAGAAAUUUAGAUAAAGGGGUGCAUCAAAUAGUAAAAGGGAGAAAAAUAGUGCUGAUUCCGGCAGAGUAAGAACUUGAAUGAGAAACUUGGGUGGUUGUUUACCCUGACACAUACCUGCUCUUCUCAUUGGCAAAGCAAGCAAACAAACAAAAACCAGAUACAGUCCUGAAUAAAUGUGCUGACUUUAAUGCUCAGAGAAAAGUCACCUGUGAAGCUGCUAGGAAGUUGGGCAGAUAGUGUGUAACCAUCAUCCUGACUCAAAUUGGGUUGAUGGUCAGGUGCAGUAGUAUGAAAACCGCGUAAAGGAGUUAAUCAGGAGAGAAAAUGCUGUAAGACAGAAAUGAAUAUAGUAACUCAAAUUAGCAUGUAGGAGGUUGUCUUGGUUGCCGAGAGGUUACGCCAUGUUAACUUACAUCUUCUAGCCUUUGCUGAGAUCAAGGAGAAUUUGGAUUGAUGAAGGACUGGCUCUGACCUAGAAGGUCAUGAUGAGCGUUUUUGGCCCUGAUAUCCAGAGACAGCAAGAAGAAAUCUUAUAAUGAAGCGUGAGUCAUAUCAGCAUUAAAAUGACAAAGGGAAGCAGUGUUAAAUCUAUAAAAAUAAUCAAAUUUGCCUAGGAUAGAUUCUAUCUGAAAAUAAGGGGUAUGAAACUAGAUGUUUUAAACACUAGCAACAUGGUAUUAAAGCUUAAAAGCAGUUUUCUCUGAAAAAGUAGGAAAGGCAGCUAACAGUGUUCCUUACCAUGUGGGGAUUUUACAUUCAUCGAUAGAUUAUGCUGUGUAUUCAGAAUGUAAUUGUGGGAAUUGAGUGACAUUUUCUAAGUUUUGCUCAUUAAUAUAAAUUGACCUAGGAUCAUUUCAAUAAUGCGUUGAAUUGUACAAAUAAAAAUGACACUUUUUUAGUAACUUUUCAGGUAUCCUGUAUAGGUAUCUCAGAUACAAGACGUGAUCAUAGAUCAGUAAGAGUACAUUUUAUCAAAAAAGCCAAAACUGGAAUAAACAGAAUAUAAUGCUACUGUACUGGUGAGAAGGGUGUAAGCUGUCUUUAGAUCUUUUGUAGUCCAAGUCCUGGUUUAUCAUUAGUUGGACAUAUAAAAGGUAUACCUUAAAAAUAUAGUUUCUAUACGUCCCUUUGUACACAACCGUAAUGUGUCUUGUUUUUUAGUGGAUGGAAUUUGUAGCAGAAAAUAAUAAUCUGCUCCUCAGCCUUCAAAUACUGAGACAUUCCCCUCAAAAGAUGAACAUAAUACUCUGUUUAAAGCCAUUUCCCCUCCUAAAAUUAGUGAAAAGGUUUGAGCCUGAAGUUCAGAUUUCUGGGUCCCUGAGGUUGAGGUAUGUUGAGUUUGUGACGAACUGGGUAUAAGCUUUAAUAUUUUAGUCAUAGUUCAGACUGAACUAAACUGCCCAGUUACAAACUACUGUAACUCCUCAACAGGAUUUGGAGAGCUUUUGGAUGACUUUUUAGGGGGUGGGCAUAGCUGUCAGUAACAUCUAGAAGGUGGUACAGGCAGUUCCCAGGUUACGAUCUGUUCCUAAUUUGUAGGUAAGUCGGAACUGGUAAACAUUUAGCAUCAAACAUUUUUCUUAAUAUAUAGUAUAUAUUUUACUUUUGUAUGCAUAUAAAACACUUCAGUGUUCUCGUGAGUGUCAAAGUGUGCGUUACUAGGAACCAUGGUAUUUAAAAAUUUUAAUAGACUAUGGCAGUCUAUUCUUAAGUACGAGUUGACUGUAAGUCCAACGUUUUUAACCCAAGGACUUAAUAUAUUUCAGGUUUUAGUUACGCUGCUCUUUAAUCAUCCCCAGUUUAGUUCUUCUACAGCCACACAUAAUUUGUGAGAUAGAUAAGCAUUAAGGAUACUUCGUCCAUCUAGCUUUUGGUGGAGUGACCUUUGUCUCGUUAACCCUCAUUACCAACCUUGAUGCUAUUUAAAAUAAACCUACCCCCUUGAGGAUUAC